CCUCCGCCGGGCGCGGAGGGCCGGUCCUGGGGCCGCGGAAGCGAUUGGCUGGCGGAGGCAGGACGGGCCGAGGGGCCGGAUCCGGCUGCGCCAAGCAGAGCGCCCGCCUGGCGGGUGGGGAGCCCCGGGGUGCCCGGGCCGGACCAUGGUCGUCUUCUGCGGGCGGGCAAGAAGCGGACUGCUGCUGCUCUGCGGGCUCCGCUCGGGUCUGCCACAGUUUUGGGCCAACUUCCUCCAUACAGAUUUCGAGGGAAGGCCAUCCAAAGUGGUCUCACAGGCCAACAUGAAGGUGGAAAUAAUCCCUGCCCUGACGGACAACUACAUGUAUCUCAUCAUUGAUGAGGAAACCAAGCAAGCCGCUGUUGUGGACCCAGUGCAGCCCCAGAAGGUCUUGGAUGCAGUCAGAAAACAUGGGGUAAAACUCACCACUGUUCUAACUACCCACCACCACUGGGACCACGCUGGUGGCAAUGAAAAACUGGUUAAGAUGGCGCCAGGGUUACCAGUGUACGGGGGAGAUAGCAGGGUUGAAGCCCUCACGCAGAGAGUCUCUCAUCUAAUGUCAUUUCAGGUGGGCUCCCUCAACGUGAAAUGCCUUGCCACUCCCUGCCACACAUCUGGCCACAUCUGCUAUUUCGUGACCAAGCCCAACAGCUCGGAGGCCCCCGCCGUGUUCACAGGUGACACCCUCUUCGUAGCCGGUUGCGGGAAGUUCUUCGAAGGAACCCCUGAGGAAAUGUACAGAGCCUUGAUUGACAUCUUAGGACGCCUCCCACCUGAAACGAAAGUCUACUGCGGUCACGAAUAUACCAUCAACAACUUAAAAUUUGCCCGGCACGUGGAGCCCACCAACAGCGCCAUCCAGGAGAAGUUAUCCUGGGCAAAGGCCAAAUACGACAGUGGUGAACCCAGCAUCCCAUCCACCAUAGGAGAGGAGUUCACUUACAACCCAUUCAUGAGAGUCAGGGAGACGACUGUGCAGCAGCACGCCCGGGAAACAGACCCCGUCCGGACGAUGGGGGCUCUCCGGAAAGAGAAAGAUGCCUUCCGAGUGCCCAAAGAGUGAACUCUAGGCCCUGCCUUCUCCCCUGCCCUGGAGAAAUAAUACACGUAUUCAUUUAGUUAGGGGAGGUCAGUUGCUGGGUCCUGUUUAAAAUCGUCGCCCGUUUAGAAAGUAUUUAAAUUUUGUCUUAAAAAGGAGGGGGGAAAACCCUCAAGGCACUUUUUCUUUGUGGUGGUUGGAGAUGUUCUAUAUUCUGUUUAAAAGAUGUUGAAAACUGA